CGGGGCCCUGCGGGGCCCUGCGGGGCAGGGAGGGCGGCAGCGGGGCCGGCUCCUGGGGGCCCAGUCCGUGCCCCUUUCCCAAAUCCCACCGGGGAUCUCUCAGUUCACACUGCCAGGGAGUAACCCCUUCCUUUCCCAGCUGGUCCCCUCGGGGCGUGGGGGAUCUACAUAAGGCUCUUUAAGAACAGGUUUAUUGAAAUCGGGGCAGCCGAGUUAUGAGAAAGUCACUUUCGGAGCAAUAAUUGAAUUUAAAAAGUGUAUUUAUUGAUCAUGCUGUUUAAGUAGUUGUAGCAGUGCACAGGUGGUAGUUACGCGGUGUUUUAUGGCCGUGUGAAAGUCAGUUGUUAUCUUUGCCAGCCAGCCAGACGGAAUUAAAUCACUGGAUCAUAAAUACAAGGUGUCAAUGAGCUCCAUUACCACAAGCUGAUGACUUAAUACCUUACAUGGAUCAAAGCCAACUGAAAACAUUGAGGAUUGAUCCAGUCCCAAGUACUUGUCCUUUUCUUUCUUUGGAUUAGGGUACAGGGGCAGUUUGGUUUGUGCAGAAGACGGGAACACUGUGUAUUCUUUAAUUAACCUUGAGGAGUUGAUUUGAUCCAUUUUUUUGUUUGAAAAUGGAGUGAGCAAAGGAGAUGUUGCCCUCUCUGUGUCUUUAGCUCCAUUGAUCCAGCAUUCCCCUAAGGAUUUCCAUGAAUAAAGAGGAGUUGGCUGAUGUAUAACUGGUGUGUCCAGUCAGUGUUAUAUUCUUCCACUUUGAUUUUACAUAAGGACUGACUUUGUCAUCUGCAGAGGUACUGCCCUGGCUGUGUCCCCGCAUAACCCAGAUUCACUGGAAUUGCUGACAGAUAACCCAGAUUCACUGAAAUUGCUGACAGAGGGACAUACUGACUGCUAUCGAUCUCUUCUGAGUUCCAGAUUUACGCCCCUGUCUGGCACCAGCGAAAGAGUUUGGCCACUGCUGGGAUACAAAGGCUGAGCUAAGUGAAUCUAUAACCUGAGUGCUGAUCCAGAUGUUGCUGUGAGAUACUAAAAAUAUGCUGCGAUGACCUCCUCUGCAAACAUACCAGGUCAUAGAUCUUGAGGCAUUGAUCCAAUCGAGCUGUUGCUGAAUAUAGGUUCUCUAUAAUGUAGCUGCACCUGAAGAAAUCUCCAGUGGCUUUGUGUCAUGCUGACCAACAAUAUGGGACAUUGUUUUGUGGGACGGGGAGCCAUGAUUCCAAGGAAGCUGAAGCCCUUUCUCUGCAGGAUGUUGUCGGGUUACAGACCCAAAAACAACGUCCAGGACUCUUACAAGAUUCUGGAUCUCGAGGAAGGCUGUUCCCUCGACGACGUCAGAAACUCCUAUCACAACCUUGCCAAAAAAUACCACCCGGACAGCAGCUCCGGCGCGGCCGAUUCCAAGGCCUUCAUAAGGGUGGAGGAGGCCUACAGGGUUGUGCUCAGCGACCUGGCGGCCAAACAGAAAUCAGACCCCGGCGAGGAGGAGGAGGACCAGUUCAAAUCCAAGUCCCUGCAGCACAGACACUACCUGAGCUUCGAGGGCGUGGGCAUCGGCACGCCGAGCCAGCGGGAGAAGCAGUACAUGCAGUUCCGCGUGGACCGCGCCACCGAGCAGGUGCUGGAGUACCGGCAGCAGAGGCUGGAGAGCCGCUGCGCCGGCAGCGACCUCAGCAGGGCCAUGGACGUGCGGCAGAGCAAGAAGGUGAAGAUAACCCAGGCGGUGGAACGGCUGGUGGAGGACCUCAUCCAGGAAUCCAUGGCCAAAGGAGACUUCGACAACCUCAGCGGCAAAGGGAAGCCCUUGCAGAAGUUCUCGGACAGUCCCCACAUCGACCCCAUGACCCACAACCUGAACAGGAUCCUCAUCGACAACGGGUACCAGCCCGAGUGGAUCCUGCUGCAGAAGGAGAUCCGGGAGACCAUCGGGCGGCUGAGGAAGAGCAUCGUGGCCGCCAGGAGGAAGCUCGGGGAGCCGAUGACGCCGUCGGAGCAGAAGCAGUGGGGUCGGAUUUGUGAGCAGUUCGCAGAAGACAUCAGGAAGUUGAACAAGAGAGUUGACAACUUCAACCUGGUGGUGCCCAUUCUGAGCAGGCAGAUGGUGCAUUUCAGCACGGACAAGGAGAUCGUGCGAGCACGAAAGAAUUACGAGGCUGUCGUGGAAAAGGUUUCUGGUUCAGACACGAAGGGAGACGAGGGGGAGGAGGGAAAAAGGUUUGGGUGGAAGUCUUCUCUCUUGAAGUGGUUAAAACUUGCGCCAAAAUAAUUUCAUACUAAUUCCUCUUGUCAAGGUUUUGAAUGCACUUUAUUAAUGAAAUAUAGCACUAGAGAAAUGUCAGGUUCACUGAAAAUGUCAAAUCCACACUGUAACUUUACUUGAAGGAAAUUUGAUUGUGUGAUGAGCAUUUGCAUUACAAAUAAUUGAGUUAUUUUUAAAUAUUAUUAAAUGAAAUGUGCCAGUU